CCAGCGUGUCUGCGAGGCGCUUUCGGAAUGUCAGUUUUGUGAGUCAAAAUAAAAAAAAGUGUCGAGUUCUUGUAUGGCAAAUGAACGCGAAUACGGAGAAGCCUUCAGUAAAUUGCAUUAUUAUUGCCACAAUCAAGGGUUUGGUUUCGCAAAUUCCAUCUUCACCACAACAGCAGCAACAAGUCUCCAGCGGAGCAAAACCUCCAACUCUAUCGGCAGUGAAAGCAUCAUCAUCAUCAUCAAAAGCAACAACAACGACGAAGCGAUCAACGACUGUUAUUAUUGUUGUUGGAAGUAGGAGUUGGACAAGAAGUAGUACCAGCAACAACAAUUGCUACGGUGCUGCUGCCCUUGAGGGGAAAGUUGUGAAGGGGGAGGAAACAGCCAAAGUAGUCGAAGAAGUCAGGGAGCGGAAACGGCAAAAGGCAUCGUCGAGUGAGAAACCGGUGCGCAAAACAAACCUACCAAAUACGAUCAAGACGAACGCGAUCGGCUCGGUUAACAUCUCACAGAUCUGCGAGGGGUUUGCUGGUUGCCUCGUCUUCGUCGGUGCGCAGGAGCGGAAAUUGUCAAGGGGCCAACAGCAGCAGCAGCAGGAAGCUGGUGGGUACCGAGGCGGUGGGGUCUGGUUGCGGAGACAGUCUUCAACGGAAGCGGUUGUAGUUGAAGAAACAGCCGAAAGCCAACAACAGCAGCGACGGCUUCGAAGGGGACGGCGGCGCUGUCGACGACGACGACGACCACGACGAUCAGUGCCGUGGAGAAAAUGUUCGCCGCCGAGAAGCUGCUCGCCAACGUCGUCAAGGCGGAUAUGAUGAUAGCCAACAGUGGCGAUGCAGAGGAUCUGCUGGAGAAACUGGUACCGGUUGGGAUGAUUAACGGUUCCAUGGGUCUCCAAAAGCCCCAGAAUGCCAUCACGGAUCUGGGUAAAGCCUUGCUCCAGGCCGCCAAAACAGGAAAUACCGAGAAAGUACACGAACUAAUGAGCCGAGGAGCACCGUUCACGGCAGAUUGGCUGGGAACAUCUCCGCUCCACUUAGCUGCCCGUUACAAUCACAUCGAAACGUGCAAGGUUCUGCUGCGGGCCGGGAUCAGCAAGGAUAGCAAAACCAAGGUGGACCGUACCCCGCUGCACUUUGCCGUUUACUAUGGAAACAUAGCAGUUGUGGAACUGCUACUUAGCAAUAAAUGCGAAGUCGACGCUAAGGAUAUGUUGCGAAUGUCGGCUUUGCACUGGGCGGUCGAAAAAAGGCACGAUAAAGUCGUAGAAAUGUUGCUACAACACGGAGCAGAUCCGAAUGCGGUUUCCAAAUUCGGUAAAUCACCAAUCGGCAUUGCGAUGGAAGCGGGCCAGGUGGACUUGGUGCGGAUACUGUUGCUGGCAAAUCAGAUGCGAGCUGCUAGCCGGGAUCAGGUACAGGAAGCAACGGAUAACUUGAUGCAGGAACUGCAACAGCACAAAGAGCGCAACACUGUUCCCAUCGAGGAUCCUGAGGAUAACAUCACCAUGGAUCUUAGUAACGAUGGCAGCCUUUCUAAUUUAUCGGCAGCUCAAAAAGCGGGCGCCGAAUUCCAGCAGCAAAACCAGAACCAGUCCCAUAUGGAUAGCAACGAAAACACCAAUGACACGGACAAUCUAAUCGAAAAAGAAGACAGUUUGCAAGAUGCCAUAAUCAAUCUGGAGCAGAACACCGAACAGGACCCUAAAAAUCUGGACUCCAAUACAAUACAGAUGCUGAAAGAGCACGGUAUAGCAAUGAUUCCUUCAGACGAUUCCGCUAGCAGUUUAAUCACGUCGGCCAUUCAGAGUGGGCGGAAAAUUGUUCUCUCGGAAGCGGGCAAAUUCGCGCUUAAGGAAACAAGAGUGCAACCGGCCUCGACCAGUCAGCAGACGACAUCCAGCUCGACCGUGUCAGGCGGUUCGACGAUGCCAACAACUACUAAGAAAACGAUAAAAAUCAUCAAGAAAAGUUCCCCGUACGUGGUUCCCCAGCACGGUCAUCGGCAAUCGAUGCUGGGUGGUCACGGUCAUGGCGGGGGAGGCGGAGGAGGUGGAACGAUAAAAACAAACAAAGUUAUCAAAAUUCUUUCGGCCGAAGAAUUCAAGCAGAUUUGUGGCGGCGAGGUCAGUGGGAUCAAGAAGAUUUCAUCCGGUUCGGAGUAUCGGAAAUCGCUUCAGUCUACCAUGCGACCGCAUUCCUCAUUCCAUCGGCCAACGGGCACGAUCAGCUCCAGUGGCAAACCGAUCAAGAAGAUUGUGAUGACCAAGAAUCGGUUGCCGGGUGGGUCGAGCGAGGGUCACAUCAUCUCCAAAACUAGCGGCUAUGCUAGCAGUAGUAGUAGCAGCAGCAGUAUCCUGGGAAGCAAUAACAGUCUACAACAGCACCAGAAUCGACAUAUCAUAACAUCGGCCGACGGCGUCAAACGUCUCCGAACCUCGGCCGGUAUGGAGAUAAUCUCGAAACUGCCAACCAAACUACCCCAGGAUACGGUUGUUUCGGUCGAGGGAGGUGGACUGGUGCAGCGGCAGCCCACGGGAAUCGUGCCGGUUGUUGCAGGUGGCGCCGCCUUAGGUAUUAACAAUGGUCAGCGACUGGUAAGUAGUAAUUCUUCUAAUUAUUCUUCAAAUGCCAUCGCAUCGGCCACAUCGACUUCCGGUGGCACCGGCCUAAGUUUAUCGGAGUUGGAGCGACACUUUUUGGAGCUGCGGAAACAGACAGACGAUUUGCGGAAACAGUUUGAACUGUCACAAAAACAGAACGAAGAAUACCGCGCUAGAGUUGACAAGCUGGAGAAAGAAGUGCAAACGCUGAAACAGCAAAGUAGCAGUAGUAAUACCAACAACAGUUAUAUAGAAAUUAUUUAACGUUAGUGGUUAAAAGUGAAGGCAAAAGUUUAGAGAUUAUUUGUUGUUUAAAGUUGAAAUAUUUUCAAACUUACCCAAAACCCACAAAUGCUCUGUUUGUGGAGAAGAAACAAUAUCGGUUGUAUUGUUAAUAUACCCCUAACUAUAUUUUUAAAAAACUUUUUUAGGUUUGACCUGCUCUCGAGAAAAUAGUAAUCUACAAUAGAUUUAGUAAAUAACCCAGCGAGGGAACGUGUUCUGAUUAUGACAAAAGUCUUUUUCUUGUCCGAUGAGUGCUGAAAUUUUCUACCUUACGAUUCCACUGUCAGUAAAAACACUCGGCAUCACACCCGUAGACUAUUUCUUGUUUUCCACUUUUAGAAAUUUGUUCGAAUAUUAGGGAUUUUAAAUGAAAAUUGAUACUUUUUUGAGGUUUUAUUUUUGACACUUUAGAAAAAAAAAUUGAUACUGAUAGUCGUGCUGGUUUUUACGAUCUUUAAAAAUUAGUUUUUUGUUUUAUGGUAAUUCUCGAUUUCCUUUCCCUUGUGGAUUGUCCUAUGUUUUUUCCUACUGCUUUCUUUGAAGUAUCUUGCGUUUUCUCCAACUCAAUAUUUUAAAACUUCUGCAUAUGCUCUGAAAAUUCAUCAAUUUGCAUCACGAAGGGUUGUAAUUCCUUCGCUUUUCCAUAGAACUCUUGAAUGACCCACGAGGCUUCCAGCGUUGGAAUUUUGUAAUGGGGUGGGUUUGACAUUUUGCAUUGAGUUGUAGGUAUUAAGAGAUCGAGUAGAAUUGAAAUUAUCUAUU